AUGACUCAAAAACUGUUCGAUAUACGUACCGCUGGCGAUGGCAAUGGCGCCUUACAGAAUCUGGUCUCCAGCCAGACCAACGAAGUCAAUUCCGCACAUCUGGUGAUUGACACAGAGCCGUUCCGAUUUCUCGAUCUGCCUACUGAGAUCCGCAAGAUGGUGUACGACUUCCUAUUUGUUGGAGCUCGACUUACGAUCGACGUUCCGAAACGCAUUCGCGCCCCUGGCAAAUCUCAUCUACGCAAUGCGUGGUUCACACAAGAAGAGGGUGCCAGCCUACCAAGCGUGCUGCUCGCAUGCAAGCCGUUGAGAGCCGAAGCUUUGCCCGUAUUUGCCGCGAACCUGAGCGCAGAGUUCUACGAUCGAUAUCAUGCCGAUUCGUGGCGAGAACGGGAGCAGUCAGAUUUCCGGCUUUUGGCGAAUCCACGUAAAGUUCCAGCACACUACUUGCGUGAGGUUCGAUCGGCUUAUAUCUCCCACCCGAGCAUCGAGCCCAUACUCUCAUUGCACAUGCCAAAGCUUGAAGAAGUUCGUUACUGGGUCGGUACGACGCUGCGCGCCCCGCAUUACGGCAAUGUCAUGCCGUCGAACGGAAAUCCGCACGAGCUUGACUCACAUAUCAGAAUUCUAGCUGGCAGUUUCAAGGAUCGCUGCAGAGGUCUGGAUGCUCUGGUGGAAUCGUCUCUCAAAAUUGUGCUACUGUGUGUCAUUUACCAUCACCGCCAACGAACUGCUAGUGUGUAUAGGCAGGUGAGUGUCCUUCCCCUUUCCCAGUUCACGGACUAA